GACGGUGGUUUGAACGGUCAACAUAGGGGGACGAUAAAAUCCAGCCUUUCGUGGCUGCUCCCUUCCCAAUUCGCCAUCAGGCCUCGCCACCAAAGAAAAAGAAAAAACUGACCCCGCCCCGAAAAAAAAAGCGAGUUGAAGAAACCCAACCUGAUCGAUCUUUGUUUGAAUCCUGGUGGAAAGGAAAGGAGGAGAGGGGGAUCGAUUGCUCGCCAUCUUGGUCUCCAUUUCCUUGUUUUUCCACGGAUCCGAGCGGAGAUCUCGGAAGCCGUCGGCUGGAUCUCGUAGAUGAAUUGGUUCAUUGUGACAAACUUGCUUGUGCGACACAUUGAAUUUGGAUUCUUUUAGAUAUUUGCAACAGAUGGCUUCAGUAAGCGUGGUGCCUUCAUCAGGGAUGAAAAACACUAGUGGCACUCAUGUUGGUGUGGACAGAUUGCCAGAUGAGAUGAAUGAGAUGAAGAUAAGGGAUGACAAGGAGGUGGAAGCAACAGUUAUUGACGGAAAUGGGACUGAAACUGGUCAUAUAAUUGUGACCACCAUUGGUGGAAGAAAUGGUCAGCCAAAACAGACUAUAAGCUACAUGGCCGAGCGUGUUGUAGGACAUGGAUCAUUUGGAGUUGUGUUUCAGGCAAAGUGUCUUGAGACAGGUGAAACGGUAGCAAUAAAGAAGGUUCUUCAAGAUAAGAGGUACAAGAACCGUGAGCUGCAAACCAUGCGUCUUCUUGAUCAUCCAAAUGUGGUUUCCCUGAAGCAUUGCUUCUUUUCAACAACCGAGAAAGAUGAGCUGUAUCUUAACUUAGUACUCGAAUAUGUGCCAGAGACUGUUCAUCGUGUUGUCAAACACUACAACAAGAUGAACCAACGUAUCCCACUAAUAUAUGUGAAGCUCUAUAUGUACCAGAUCUGCAGAGCAUUGGCUUAUAUUCAUGGUAGCAUUGGAGUGUGCCACAGAGAUAUUAAACCCCAAAAUCUUCUGGUUAACCCACAUACCCAUCAGCUGAAACUCUGUGACUUCGGUAGUGCAAAAGUUUUGGUGAAGGGAGAACCAAAUAUAUCUUAUAUCUGUUCGAGAUAUUAUAGAGCUCCUGAACUCAUAUUUGGUGCAACCGAGUACACCACAGCAAUUGACAUCUGGUCUGCUGGUUGCGUUCUAGCUGAACUCCUACUACAACAGCCUCUCUUUCCUGGUGAUAGUGGAGUUGACCAGCUUGUUGAAAUAAUCAAG